UUUCCGGUUUUAGGUUCUUGCGGGAGACGGCGUUGGCCUCAGGCAGGUUGGAACGUCUUCUGCCUCGCUGUUUCCGUUUUCCGAGCUGUUCGUGUGAACUCUCCCCUGUUGGAGCCGGGGGCGCAAAGGCUAUUUAAGGAAUUUAACCCAAAUAUGGAUAUCAGACCAAAUCAUACAAUUUAUAUCAAUAAUAUGAAUGACAAAAUUAAAAAAGAAGAGUUGAAAAGAUCUCUAUAUGCCCUGUUUUCUCAGUUUGGCCACGUGGUAGAUAUUGUGGCUUUAAAGACCAUGAAGAUGAGGGGGCAGGCCUUUGUUAUUUUUAAGGAAUUGGGCUCAUCUACGAAUGCUUUGAGACAGUUACAAGGAUUUCCAUUUUAUGGUAAACCAAUGCGAAUCCAGUAUGCAAAAACUGAUUCUGAUAUAAUAUCUAAAAUGCGUGGCACAUUUGCUGACAAAGAAAAGAAAAAGGAAAAGAAAAAAGCUAAAACUAUGGAACAGACUGCAACAACUGCAAACAAAAAGCCUGAUCAGGGAACACUUAAUUCAGCUAAUAUGCAAGGAAACUCAACACCAAAUCCUCAGGUCCCUGAUUAUCCUCCAAAUUAUAUUUUAUUCCUUAAUAACUUACCAGAAGAGACUAAUGAGAUGAUGUUAUCCAUGCUGUUUAAUCAGUUCCCUGGUUUCAAGGAAGUACGUUUGGUACCUGGGAGACAUGACAUUGCUUUUGUGGAAUUUGAAAAUGAUGGGCAAGCUGGAGCUGCCAAGGAUGCUUUACAAGGAUUUAAGAUCACACCAUCCCAUGCCAUGAAGAUCACCUAUGCCAAGAAAUAACAUUUGUUAUAGUCAUCUUUAAAGGACUUGGUAUUAUUUAUAGAGUUUGUUUUGAUAAUGUCUGGUAGGGUAAUUUUAAUAGUUGGAGGGGGGGGUAGUGAAAGUGAAAUUUUUGUAAAAGACUUAAAACAUUAUUCAUUGUUUCUCUAGCAUUGAUCAACUAUGAAAUGUGAAGGCCUUAAUUUUGUACAAUAAACUUUUAUUUGUAUUCACUCUAUGUAAUACUUUGUUUAUUGGCUAUUGCCCUAUCAUCAAAUGUUUAUUGUAGUGUAGAACAUCUUAAGAUGUAUAAAACUCUAAUUAGAUCCUUUUCUAGUGUUAUUUUGGAGCAGCUAAUGAUACAGCAACAUUGAACCAUUUUAAUAAUAAAGGAGAAUUAGAUCACAGAAGCUAAUAAAUGACUGUUGUAUUACUGGCAAGAAUGAUCAUUCUGAAUACUAGAAGAAAAUGAGACCUGAGAAAGAUCUAAAUUUGAUCUUUGUAUCCUUCACAGAAAUGAGCUUAGUAUUUUGCUGGUAGGCAUUCCAUGAAUCUUUUCAUUCAGUUAAACAAAUGCCAUUUAGAAGUAACUAUACUUACUCUUUUCUGGGACAAUAGAAAGAAUGCUGCGUUCAAACUUUACAUUUUAUGCUCUUUCCCUCUUGAGGCAGGACUCUUCCUAAGGAAUAAUGUUUGGUUAAUAUCCAAUCUCUUUAAGAUUUAAGAUUUUACAAUCUAAUCAUUUUUUAAAGACAAUUAGGUUGACAAAGAGUUGCCAGUGCUACUCUUACUACCUCCUUUGUAAUUCCUAAACACCAAUGUACAAAUAUUCCCAGAGCUCAUUUUCUUUGGCAUUUGAUUUAUACUUAAGGCUAUUAAUUCACUCCUUUGCUAAAAUCGUGGGUAUCUUUAGGAGUGAAUAAUUUUUUGCAAGUGUAUACAUAUUAAAGAAUAUUAAUCAUUUUUUGGUGUUCCUGUUUUAGUAUUUCCUUGAGCAAAACUUUUCCUUAUCACUUACAAUUUUUGUUAUAUACUUAUGGAAAGACCACUUUUGGACUUACAAAGAGAUAGAUUAUUAUCACAUCACACUUGUGCAUACAUGAAGAGGAAAAGAGCAAAACAAUUUUUUAUUCCUAAAACUUUGCCACAUUCGAAUCUGACUCUUCUGAACUUUUUUAACCCAGUUGUUAAGCUCAUGUAUUUUAAAAUAUAUGUUAAAAGUGAAUUACUAGAUGCUCUUGGAUGUUAUAACAAUACAAUGUCAAUUGCUAUUAAAUUUUGAUUGCCUGCUCUCAGUUACUAUGCUUGUCUCAGAACAGAAAAUAUUUCACAGACAGAAAUAUUGAAAUCCCAGGUCCCAGAACAUGCUUUGAGUGGCUGUAUUAGAGGAAGUAGAAAGGCUAGGGUGGCUGGAGUGGGGUGAGAAGGAGGGAAGGGGAGAGUAUAAAAGGGGAUUGCAUGGGCCUUUUUAAGGACUCUAUAUUCUGUGUGAACUGGGGAACUAUUUUAGAGGAUUUUAAAAGUUGAGUUAUUUACACACAAUAAAAUUCACCAUUUUUGUGUUUGAUGUGUUUUGGGCAGUCGUAUAUAGUCAUGUAAUAAUCAUAAGAUACAUCACCCCCAAAAAGUUUCCUUGUGUCCCAUUGCACUCGAUCUAUUCCCCCCACCCUUGGCCCUAGGCAGCCACAAUGA